AUGACUACGACAUCGGUCACCCUCAAAGGGGACUGGGUUCCUUCCAACCAAGCCAACUGCCUCAAGACGGACGACAUAUGGCAGUGGGACUAUGGCAUCCCCGAAGACCGAAGGACAGUCGUGGGCGGGCCGUCGCAGACAACAGAAUGCCUCCCAAGAGCAUGGAGCAGGGCAAUGACAUACGCAGGCACGCAGUGUCCUCCCCGGUACACCGAGGCCUGCCAGGCGGCCGGGGAUAGCUUGGCCGUCGUCUGCUGCCCCACGAUACACGACUUCUCCUGUCAGCCGUCGUCAGAUCUGGCGACCGGCCCUCACGCCUCCAUCUUCCGGUGUAUGUCUCAGUACACCGAUUCGGGCUCUUGGGUCGUGACGCAGACGUUCAUGACGGCGGCAGAGGCGAGCACGAGUCUCGCGACCCCGACAUAUGGCCCCGCUUAUCACCUCUUUGCCCUCGCAAUCGUCUAUGCCACCCCGACUUCGGUAUACAACGGACUCCUCGACUGGUGGCACCGUCUCACCAACCGAUUCCACUUCCUCUCCAACUACCUCUUCAAGUAG